AUGUCAGACUACGCGUCGCUCACGGUGGCCCAAUUGAAAGAGCAGCUCAAGGCCAAGGGAUUGGCCUUGGACGGCAAAAAAGCCGAUUUGGUUCAGCGUCUUGAGGAACUGGACUCCAGCGCUCCAGAACCAGCCAAGACAGAAGAAUCAGCACCUGCUCCCCAGGCCGAAGAGCCAAAGCAGGAAACCACUGAAACCACCCAACCCACGACUUCUGAAAACGGCGAUCAGCUGCAGCCUCUGGAAGAAAGCAAGAAGCCAAAGGAGUUGACUCCAGAGGAAAGAAAACAGUUGGCUGUGGACCUUCUCACGAAAAAGAUCCAGAGAGCCGAGAAGUUUGGUGACGAACUGCUGGCCGAGGCUGCCCGUAAGGAUUUGAGCCGUGUGGAGAAAUUCGGUGUGGACCCCGGAACUGCAUUGGCCAAGGAGAUCGGCUUGGUGGACAAGCAGGUGAACCUGGGCUUGGGGCACUUCAAGAAGCACCGUGGCCACAAGAACAAAAACAAGGGCAAAAAGAACAGAAACAAGGGCAAGGUGGGUAAAUAG